CACUGCAUGACGCACAUCCUUCGCAGCUCAGCACAGUGCUGCUAACACUAAGGCUAAGCUAAGUUAAUGGCAGGCUGUGUGUCGUAGAUCGUUGUUUGACAUCUUAUCUGUAGUGAGACAGUCCUGGCCCGCGUAGAAGACACCGUUACAAUUUUCUCGUAUUUGUCUGGGAUGUAUGGAUGGAUAGUUGACGGAAUAUCGUCGCUGUUUGAGCCCGUUGCGGGGCAAAACCCCACCGAGUGGCCCGGGAAAGGCAACGUUGGCGAGGAGGUACCCACGCGACCUGUCGUGAAAGCGGGAGCACAGCGGCAGGAGAAUCACGGCAGACCGGCUAAACGGAACUACCAGAGUGUUGAUGUUGCAGACAGUGUUUGCCAGAGUGACCAGGUAGAGGUGAAAAGACGCAGACGAGAUGUAGUCAUUAGCUUUGUUAAGAAGACUGUGGCCGGGGUAGCAGGUCUGCUCAGGCUGCGGAACCCGCUGACGACCAAGUGUGAGAAGCCUGGACAUUAUGAAGAGACACAGCAUGUUACUCUGAUGGGGAUAGAUGAGCUCCACACCUCAUGGCUGAACAGUACUGAGUGGAGAAUGAAUAAACCAGUGGGCGGAUUGAAUGAGAGGGGCGGGAAGAAUCCUUUUCAGAGCUCCUCACCUCCUUUAAUGAGGAAAUACAGCGGGGCAGCACUGUCUGCAGGGCUCCCUGACAGGGGGAAGGACAGGGAGAGGAGAGGCUCCCUCCAGCUGCUGCCCUCCAGACCUGCUCUGAGGGUGGGAACCGCUAACCCUGAUCCAGCCUGCAAUGUCUUUGGACACAACCGUUGCUACAAGCCCAGUCUGACCGUGGAAGAG